CGGCUUCCUUCUGCAACAGGCGUGGGUCACGGGCUCGCUCGCUCUCUUUCUGCCGCCAUCUUGGUUCCGUGUUCUCCGCACAAAAUGCCCGGUGAAGCCACAGAAACCGUCCCUGCUACAGAGCAGGAGUUGCCACAGCCUCAGGCUGAGACAGGGUCGGGAACAGAGUCUGACAGUGAUGAAUCGGUGCCAGAGCUCGAAGAACAAGAUUCCACACAGACAGCCACACAACAAGCCCAGCUGGCAGCCGCGGCUGAGAUCGAUGAGGAACCUGUUAGUAAAGCCAAGCAGAGUCGGAGUGAGAAGAAGGCAAGGAAGGCUAUGUCCAAACUGGGUCUUCGACAGGUUACAGGGGUUACGAGAGUCACUAUCCGGAAAUCUAAAAAUAUCCUCUUUGUCAUCACAAAGCCGGAUGUCUAUAAGAGCCCAGCUUCAGAUACCUACAUAGUGUUUGGGGAAGCCAAGAUUGAAGAUUUGUCUCAACAAGCACAGUUAGCGGCUGCUGAGAAGUUCAAAGUUCAAGGUGAAGCUGUUUCAAACAUUCAAGAAAACACUCAGACUCCAACCGUCCAAGAGGAGAGUGAAGAAGAAGAGGUUGAUGAAACAGGCGUGGAAGUUAAGGACAUAGAAUUGGUCAUGUCACAAGCAAAUGUAUCCAGAGCAAAGGCUGUCCGAGCCCUGAAAAACAACAGUAACGAUAUUGUAAAUGCUAUUAUGGAAUUAACAAUGUAACUAUUUGACAACAAGGACACCCCCCCUCCUCCUCUUCUUUCCCCCUCUUUUUGGUGUUUGAAAAGUGGAACUACAGCUUGGUUUAAAAUUUGUACUGUUUCUAUCACUAAUAAAGUUGUGGCUUCUUGUUGGAUGGAC